AUGGCAUAUCUGCUGCGGACAGCGGGCCGCACCCGUACCGCACUUCCUCGCCUAACCCCCAGAACAGCACCAAUCGCGCUACGGAAACGACGGUAUGCCUCUGCCGCAGCUGCACCAGCUGUACACAGCAACGAGCAGCCCUUCUUCCCCGAUGAACCCAGAGAGCCCAUAGUCAAAACCCCCAUUCCCGGUCCACGGAGCAAAAAAGAGAUUGAGAGACUAAGCCAAGUCUUUGACACGCGAAGUCUGAACAUGAUGGCCGACUACUCACAAUCCUAUGGAAAUUACAUCGCCGACCUCGAUGGCAAUGUCCUCCUGGACGUGUACGCCCAAAUAGCGUCUAUCCCCGUGGGCUACAACAACCCGUCUCUGCUCCUCGCCGCCACAUCCCCCGAAAUGGCCUCUGCCAUUGUCAACCGGCCUGCCCUGGGUAAUUUUCCCCAACACGACUGGGCGCACAUACUCGAAACGGGUAUCCUCACGGUCGCACCAAAGGGCCUUAACCAAGUCUUCACCGGCCAAUCGGGCUCCGACGCCAAUGAACUGGCGUACAAGGCCGCCUUCAUGUGGCGGCGACAGCAAGAACGUGGUGGCGCCUCGGUCGACUUCUCCAACGAAGACAUGAUCUCAUCCAUGGAGAACAAGAGCCCCGGCGCCCCAGCUCUCUCCGUCCUAUCCUUCAAAUCCGGUUUCCACGGCCGCCUCUUUGGCUCCCUCAGCACCACGCGCAGCAAACCCAUCCACAAAAUCGACAUCCCCGCCUUUGACUGGCCCCAAGCCCCCUUUCCCAUGCUCAAAUACCCCCUCGAGGAGCACGCGGCCGAAAAUGCAGCAGAAGAAGCACGGUGUCUCGCCGCAACCGAAGAAAUCAUCACAACCUUUCACGCACCCCCCGCCGCCAUCGUCAUCGAGCCCAUCCAAUCCGAAGGCGGCGACAACCACGCCUCCCCCUCCUUCUUCCGUGCCCUCCGCAACCUCACCAAAAAACACAACAUCCUCAUGAUUGUCGACGAAGUCCAAACCGGCGUCGGCGCCACGGGCAAAUUCUGGGCCCACGAACACUGGGACCUCCCCUCACCCCCGGACAUGGUCACCUUUAGCAAAAAGGCACAGACGGCAGGUUACUACUUUGGCAACCCCGAACUCAGACCUAACAGACCAUACCGCCAAUUCAACACGUGGAUGGGCGAUCCCGCCCGCGCCAUCCUCUUCCGCAGCAUCAUCACCGAAAUCAACCGCCUGGACCUUGUCGCCCGCACCGCCCAAACAGGCGCCUACCUCUUCGCCGGCCUCGAAAGCCUCGCCGCCCGCUUCCCCCGCGAGAUUCAGAAUCUCAGGGGCAAAGGACAGGGCACGUUUAUCGCGUUUGACAGUCCGCGUCGCGACGAGGUGUUGCGCAAGGCCAAGGCCGAGGGCGUGAAUAUUGGCGGUAGUGGGGAGAUGGCGGUGCGGUUGAGGCCCAUGUUGGUGUUUCAGAAGAGGCAUGCGGAUUUGUUGUUGGAGAGGUUGGAGAGGGUUUUUAAGAAGUGA